AUGCUAAAUUUGUCGCUUGAGACAAUCAUGCCACCAAAUUUUGAUGUGGUACCUCCAGAGAUAACCAACAAUCCAAAGUACUAUCCAUAUUUCAAGGAUUGCAUUUGUGCUAUUGAUGGCACCCAUAUAAGUGCCAUCGUACGUAGGUUGGAAGAGACACGUUAUCGUAAUCGAAAGGGUAUGAUCACACAGAAUGUUAUGUGUGCAUGUUCAUUUGACAUGCGAUUCACAUUUGUGUAUGCGGUAGACAGGGAAUAUAGAUCUAAUCCCAUAAAUGUUUCCACAAUAAUUGAAGGCAAAUAUUAUGUUGUUGACUCGGGCUACGCCAAUCAACUGGGGUACUUGGUGCCAUUCCGAGGACAACGGUAUCACUUGCAAGAGUAUGGUGAAGGUAGGCCUGGACCAAGAACAGCUAAGGAAUUGUUCAAUCACAAACAUUCGUCACUGCGGAAUGUUAUUGAGAGAACAUUCGGUGUAUUGAAAAAUAGAUUCCACAUAUUAAAAAGUAUGAAGGCGUAUGAUAUUGAAGAUCAGUCAAUAAUCGUGGUCGCUUGUUGUGGGAUCCACAAUUACAUUAAGGAACAAACUAUUCAAGAUCAGUUGUUUAAUGAGCUUGGAAGUGAACAACAAAUUGAUGACCCAAUGAAUCCUGAUAUUCCUGCGUACCAUGCUUCCGCAUCUGAUGUAUCCCAGAGACUAUCUGCGAGACAAAUGUCUAUAGUGCGUCUUAAUAUAGCCAACCAAUUGGCAAUUUCAAGGAGAAUGUCUACAAUUUCGUUAAAUCGAUCAUAA